AUGGCGGUUGUCACAUCCUGGACUGUGCACAGUGUCACUGUUCCCAUAGUAAUCUUUAUUAUACUUCUGCUCAUGAGACCUUCAGACCAGUUCACAGUGAUAGGACCUGCUGAGCCUAUUCUUGUUAAGCUGGGCGAAGAUGUCCUGUUACCUUGUCACCUCUCCCCUAAGAUGAGUGCCAAGAACAUGGAGGUGAGAUGGUUCCAAUCUCACUUCUCUGAUGCUAUCUAUGUGUACCGGGAUGAGAAGGCUCAAGAUGAAGAGCAAGCGGUGGAGUACAGAGGAAGGACUGAGCUUAUGAAGGAUACUAUUGCUGAAGGGAAUGUGGCCCUGCGAAUCCAAAGAGUCAGGACAUCAGACAAUGGACAAUAUUGGUGCCGAUUUCAGGAAAACCAUGAAUAUGGAGAAGUUCAAUUAAAAGUGAUAGUAACAAGUCUUGGCACUGACCCUUCUAUUCGAAUGGAGGGGCCUGUGGACAAAAGGAUCCGAUUAGUAUGCAACUCAAGGGGGUGGUUCCCAGAACCCCAGGCAAAGUGGAAAAAUACUGGGGGAGAAGAACCACUUUUCUCAAAGAUUCAGAUCCUAUUCAUUGAUGGGCUAUUUGAUGUGGAGAUGUCCCUUGAGGUUAGAGAAGACAGUUCUGUGAGAAAUGUGUCCUGUUCUAUCUAUAAUCCUGUGCUGGGUGAGGAGAAGGUGUCCUUCAUUUCCAUCUCAGAAAAGCUUGAUGAAGAACUUGUUACAAGCACCAGAAAAGCAGCAGAUGGACUUUGGGUAUAUGUGGUUCUUUUCAUUUGUUUCAUGAUAUAUACAGAAAUUACUUGUCAAAAAAGAGAGAGAGAAGACACUGGAAAUCAGCAAGUAUGCCAAAGAGAAUGUUGCCAAAGAGAGACAUCAGCUUGGGAGCAAAACCAAAUGAUUAGAGAGCCAUUGGAUAAAGAGAAGGAACCCUUGGCUAAUGAAAGAGAAUCCUUAGUGAAAGAAAGGGAAUCCUUGGCUAAAGAGAGACAAUCCCUGGCUAAAGAGAGGGAAUCCUUGAAUGCAGACAGAGAAUCACUGGCUAAAGAGAGACAAUCCUUGGCUAAAGAGAGGGAAUUCUUGGAUACUAAGAGAGAGUCAUUGAAUAAAGAGAACUAUGCAAGUGGACGAGAAGAGCAGAAAGACUCAGUGGACUGGGGGGAAAGUAAAUACCUAGCCAAGGAGAGAGAGUCACUGGCUAAAGAAGUAGACUCCUUACAUAAAGAGAGAGAAUCCCUGGCUACUGAGAGAGAAUUCUUGGUGAAAGAGAGGGAAUCCUUGAAUGCAGACAGAGAAUCACUGGCUAAAGAGAGACAAUCCUUGGCUAAAGAGAGGGAAUUCUUGGAUACCAAGAGAGAGUCAUUGAAUAAAGAGAACUAUGCAAGUGGACGAGAAGAGCAGAAAGACUCAGUGGACUGGGGGGAAAGUAAAUACCUAGCCAAGGAGAGAGAGUCACUGGCUAAAGAAGUAGACUCCUUACAUAAAGAGAGAGAAUCCUUGGCUACUGAGAGAGAAUUCUUGGCUAAAGAGAGGGAAUCCUUGAAUGCAGACAGAGAAUCACUGGCUAAAGAGAGACAAUCCUUGGCUAAAGAGAGGGAAUUCUUGGAUACUAAGAGAGAGUCAUUGAAUAAAGAGAACUAUGCAAGUGGACAAGAAGAGCAGAAAGACUCAGUGGACUGGGGGGAAAAUAAAUACCUAGCCAAGGAGAGAGAGUCACUGGCUAAAGAAGUAGACUCCUUACAUAAAGAGAGAGAAUCCCUGGCUACUGAGAGAGAAUUCUUGGUGAAAGAGAGGGAAUCCUUGAAUGCAGACAGAGAAUCACUGGCUAAAGAGAGACAAUCCUUGGCUAAAGAGAGGGAAUUCUUGGAUACCAAGAGAGAGUCAUUGAAUAAAGAGAACUAUGCAAGUGGACGAGAAGAGCAGAAAGACUCAGUGGACUGGGGGGAAAGUAAAUACCUAGCCAAGGAGAGAGAGUCACUGGCUAAAGAAGUAGACUCCUUACAUAAAGAGAGAGAAUCCCUGGCUACUGAGAGAGAAUUCUUGGCAAAAGAGAGGGAAUCCUUGAAUGCAGACAGAGAAUCACUGGCUAAAGAGAGACAAUCCUUGGCUAAAGAGAGGGAAUCCUUGAAUACAGAGAAAUGGUCAUCAAAGAAAGAGACAAAGUCCCUGGAUAAAGAGAGACAAUUUUUUACCUCAAAGAAAGAAGUUGUUGGUAAAGAGAACAAACUUCAAGUUGAGUUGCAGGAAGAAAUUGAGAGAAGAAAGGAUCUAUACCAUGCAGACUGGAGAAAGGCCCACCUCUAUGCUGACUGGAGGAAAGAACAGUUCCAGGCAGUGCAUGUGACUUUGGAUCCAGACACAGCACAUCCAGAUCUUAUUUUAUCUGAGGAGUGGAGAUGUGUUAUCCGGGGAGAAAGUCCCCAGAGUUUCCCUGACACCACUAAUAGAUUUGACUCUCUGCCUUGUGUUCUGGGACAAGAGAAGAUCACCUCAGGGAGACAUUACUGGGAGGUAGAGGUUGGGAACAGAGCUGACUGGGACUUGGGAGUUUGUAGAGAUGAUGUGAAAAAGAAAGGCGUGGUCACUGUAUCCCCUGAGAAUGGCUUCUGGGCUCUCAGGCUAUAUGAUGAUGAAUAUUGGGCCCUCACUUCCCCUCCAACUUCCCUCUCCUUGAGACAGUCCCCUCACAAGCUGGCCAUUUUCGUAGACUAUGAUGCUGGAGAUGUCUCAUUCUACAAUAUGAACGAUGGGUCCCAUAUCUAUAAUUUUACUUCAAUUUCCUUUUAUGGGGCCCUCUGUCCUUUUAUUAGGCUUUGGUCAUAUGACCAAGCUCCCGUGACCAUCUGUCCAGAGCCUUAGAGAAAUUUCCUCUCUCUGCCUUCCUGCCUUCCCUCUGGUUCUUGAGGGUGGGGUGCUGGGGUGCUUAAGUCCUUAAACCAAGCCCCAUCCUUGUUCCCUGUCAAUUCUCAGGCCUCUUAGUGGAGUCAGACAGUAGGUGCCACUCU